GCGAGUUCAUCGGUUAUUAUCGUGUCGCUACUUGCCACGCGUUUCUGUUGCUGCGUGGUGUUUCGUGUUUCAUUAGCAUUUUUAGAUUAAACGUGACAACGAAACAAGAAACGUAAUUUUUUAAGCCAUUGUAAUAUUCUUACAGCCUAAAAUUUAUGAAAGUAUGUCCGUGCAAAUGUGAACAUUACAACGCAGGAAUCGUGCGACUGAGUUGCAGUCACAAUCACUCUGAAUCAUGUCGCAAUACGAAGACGUCAUUCUGGAGGCCAAAGAAAAAGAAGAAUAUUUGUCAGCAGAAUUAGGAGGAAUACGACAUCGUAUUCCAUGGAGCGAUCGUGUAUUAUUAAAUAGUGACAUACCUGGUUUACAUGAAGUUAAAGAAUUAUUAGACGAUGAUGACGCAAGUUGUUUGGCAGAAGAAGAAGAUGGAGUCGGAUGUCCUUUGCCUUCAACUCCGGAAGAUGAUCAUCUUCUGGAUUGUGAGAUGACCGAAGUGCUGAAAGCAGGUGUAUUGAGCGAUGAAAUUGAUCUAGGUGCAUUAGCCCAUAAUGCAGCAGAACAGGCGGAAGAAUUUGUUCGAAAGGUAUGGGAGGCAUCAUGGAAACAAUGUCAUUUUCGGAACUUGCCAAGAUGGUUGCAAGAUAACGAUUUUUUACACGCUGGCCAUAGGCCACCACUACCCUCGUUUUAUGCGUGUUUUAAAAGUAUUUUUCGAAUUCAUACAGAAACUGGCAAUAUCUGGACACAUUUGUUGGGCUGCGUUGCCUUUAUUGGUAUAGCUAUAUUUUUUCUAACACAACCUCCUAUAGAAAUUCAAUUGGAAGAAAAAUUGGUAUUUGGUACUUUCUUUGCUGGUGCUAUAAUGUGCCUAGGAUUGUCAUUUGCCUUUCACACAGUUCAUUGCCACAGUGAAUGUGUUGGAAAGUUAUUUUCAAAAUUAGAUUAUUGUGGCAUAGCUAUGCUUAUUAUGGGUAGUUUUGUACCAUGGCUUUAUUAUGGAUUUUAUUGCGACUAUCAACCUAAACUAAUUUAUCUAUCUGUGGUGGUUGUCCUUGGUAUAACUAGCAUUGUAGUAUCAUUGUGGGAACGAUUUGGUGAACCAAGCUAUCGUCCACUCAGAGCUGGAGUUUUUAUGGGAUUUGGGCUUAGCGGGGUAAUACCAGCAGUACAUUAUGCUAUCGCCGAAGGUUGGUUCAAGGCAAUUAGCCAAGCAUCCCUUGGAUGGUUAAUACUGAUGGGAUGUUUGUAUAUACUGGGUGCAUUAUUUUAUGCUUUAAGGGUACCUGAACGUUUUUUCCCAGGAAAAUUUGAUAUUUGGUUUCAGAGUCAUCAAAUCUUCCAUGUAUUAGUAAUUGCAGCUGCUUUUGUACAUUAUCAUGGUAUUACGGAAAUGGCAAUGCAUAGAAUGACAAUAGGAGAUUGUACAAAUCCGUCGCAGGUGUUAGCUUUUUAAAUCUGCAGGCAUAUACUUCAUCUUGUUGAUAACUUUCAUGUCAUUAAUCUAUAUAAAAGAUUACAAAGAAUUUCCUAAAUCUUAUGCCAGUGGAUCUGUGCUGUUGAAAGAUAUGGUAAAUAUAUAAAAUAGAAUGAAUAUACCUAAUUCCAAUUUUGUGUUUGUUGAAUAUGUUUUAAAAUAUGUUGCUUAUUUUUAUUUAAUUAUAAUUUUCAUUAGUUUUAAGAAUAUAGAAGUUACUUUCGAAGAUAUGUAUAUGACUGUGAAUUAUUGAAAAUUGUAUUGUUGAAAAAUUGUUUGAAAUUUAUAUUUAAUAUGAUGGGGUUGUGUGUACAUAUAUAUAUAAAUAUAUAUUUACUUUCCAGUUAUGUAAUAAUUAACCAAAAAUUAAUGGCACUAUAAAACUUUAUAUAUGAAAGAAAUUUCAAUGCGAAUCGUAUUGAAAUUUCAAUGGAAUCAUAUUGAAAUAUGGUAUUUGAACUGAAAUUCUGUGACUUUUUUUGAAAAUGACAUAAAAGUUUACAUAUCAUUUUAAAAGAUACAAGUAUAAUCUAUCAAAUUCGAAUAGUGUAAAUGGAAUUCCAAACAAAGUAUAUAAUAUAAGUCUAAAUAGGCACAUGUAUUAUUUAUCCUCAGAUUUGUUUUUAGAGAUAUAUGAAUUAUAUGUGAAUAUUUAUAUAUUUUUUUCCUUAUAAGCCUGCCCUGUUUCUCCAUUGUAAUCAUAUUAUAAUAUCAAAAACAAAACAUUUUGGAAAAUCUUUUUGUACAUAUGUUGAAAUAUAUUAAUUUUCUUAAAUGUCAGAGUACACAUACAUUUGAUAGUAUAGAAUGCGAAUUAUGAUGUAUGAAAGAAUAAAUUUCUUUCAACAUAUAUAAUGCAAAAACGAAAUUAUUUUACAUAAUUUCUCAUUAAUGAUAUCAUAAUGCAAUAUGUUGCAGUGAGGAAACAGGAGUCUUCAUUUAUCUAUAUGGAUUCUAUAGUUACUAAGUGAUAUAAAUAAUUAUUAACCAUUUUCUUUAUGAUUAUUUAAUAGAGUUGAAAGAGAUUGAAAAAUUAUCAAGUUUUUCUGUAUCUUGGAUUGUAAAAAUAUCUAUGUGUUAAUUGUAUAUGCUUUGUUGGAUAUGUAGAUUUUUGAUAAAAAGAGAGGUUAAUAUGUAAAAUUUCUAUAUUUAUUUCUAUACUAAUAUAAUAUGCGAGACAAAGUAUAGACAAUAAGCAAUGAAAACACACGGAUGUGACUAAGAUUUAGGAAGCAAUCAUUGCUAUGAACGUGAUCUUAUAGCUUAAGUAUAUACUAUAAAAUCUAUAAUAUAUUUUGAACAAAAUUAUUGUUAAAACAAUGAAAAUUUGUUUAUUACUAUAUUAUUAUGAAAAAGAUUUAAUGUACCAAAUAAGUUUUUCAAAUGCAUAAUUCAUUUUCAAAUUGUAUACUAUAUUUAAAAUUCUUAAUAUACAGAAUUCUUUCUAACUAUA